AGAGACAAAAACUCCAUCAAUUUUCUCAUAUUUCAGUUUCAAUAUUCAAGCUUUGUUUCUCGAUGCUGAUUACUACUCAACAUAUUGUUUUGUUUUGGAUGCAUAGCUUGGUUUCUCAACAUUCAACAAGCAAAUAAAGACACAACGUAUUGAAAAGAGGAGUUUUCAGUGCUAUGAUAUUCAUCUAUGCACCAAAACAUCGGGAUUCUAUGAUACAAUACAAGACGACGUCUACGGUGGACCAACCCUUUAAUCUGCCAUUGAUUAAUCUGGUCUCAUGAUCAUAACAUACAUCCUCUCACACAGGAUUACAACAUCGAAUCAUUCCCUUCCAUAUACUCUCCCUCUGUUAUCUACACCUUUGUCGCCGACAUUGCCGGCAAAAUCCUUUGCCGUCGCCGACGAACCCCACCAUCCUCCUCAACAUCACCAUUUCACCAAUAAUCUACAACCGCCACCUUCAGCCACCUUCAGCCACCUCCGCCGCCGCAAACCAACGAGGCUGUUUGGCGUCAUGAAAUGGAGGAGGGAGGGGAUGUCGGAGAAAAAGAAACUGGAAAAUAGACCACUUCUCCGUCCGUAACCUUCAAUUCGCAAAUCAAAACACAAUUAAUCAACGUGGGUUCAAGUUUUGAUGGUCAAAUCGAGCUUGCGAUUGAGACCAACGCCGACGAUGACGCUGGGGAGAAAGCUAAUGUCCUUCUCGAAGCCCGUCGCACCUCCGAGCACGAAUCUCGCCGUUGUCAUCGACACCGAGAAAGCAACACAGUCGAUUAGCCUUAUUGGUGGUGACAGAGAAGGGGUUGCCAAAGGUAUUGGCGGUGAGCUUCGUCGGAGGAGGCGCGACAAGCUUCACGGAGGAUGUUGUAAUCCUGUGUGAGAGGAUGUAUGUUAUGAUCAUGAGAUCAGAUUAAUCCAAUGACAGAUAAAAGUGUUCCACCGAAAAUCACUUAAUAAACCGAUCCACCGUAGACGUCGUCCACAAUACAAUUGGACACUAUUUGUUUAUUUCAAAUACAAGUAUGGAGUCAAAACAUUACUUAAUGCAAUUGCUCAACGCUGCCAAAACCAUUGAUCAUCUAAAACAAACCCAUGCUCUUUUUCUCAAACUCCUCAGGCAACAACCACCCCAUCAUUACCAUUACUUCAUGGGUCGUUUGUUACACCAGGUUCUCCGUUGCACUGGUGAGAAAACCAAUCUUUGCUAUACCCACCAACUGUUUGAUACAAUGCCAAACUGCCCCAGUAGCUUCCUUUGGACCUCCCUUAUUCGUGCACUCCUAUCCCAUCAGGCUCAUCUUCACCAUUGCAUUUCCACUUAUUCUAGAAUGCAUCAAAAUGGCGUUUUACCAUCUGGGUUCACCUUUUCUUCGAUACUUAGCGCGUGUGGGCGAGUUCCCGCCUUGUUUGAAGGAAAACAAGUGCAUGCCAGGGUGAUGCAGUCAGGGUUUCAUGGAAACAAGAUUGUGCAAACUGCACUCCUUGACAUGUAUGCAAAAUCCGGCUGUAUAAGUGAUGCGCGCGCUGUGUUUGAUGGGAUGGAUGACAGGGAUGUUGUUGCGUGGACAGCGAUGGUUUGCGGGUAUGCCAAAGUAGGAAUGAUGGUUGAUGCACAAUGGCUCUUUGAUAAAAUGGGAGAACGGAAUUCUUUUACUUGGACUGCUAUGGUUGCUGGAUAUGCAAAUUGUGAAGACAUGAAAACUGCCAAGAAAUUGUAUGAUGUCAUGAAUGACAAGAAUGAGGUCACUUGGGUUGCAAUGAUAGCAGGUUAUGGUAAGUUAGGUAAUGUGAGAGAAGCCAGAAGAGUAUUUGAUGGCAUACCUGUGCCACAAGGUGCAUCAGCUUGUGCAGCAAUGCUUGCUUGCUAUGCACAACAUGGAUACGCAAAAGAAGCUAUUGACAUGUAUGAGAAAAUGAGAGAAGCAAAGAUCAAAAUCACUGAGGUGGCAAUGGUGGGUGCUAUUUCAGCUUGUGCACAACUUAGGGACAUUAGAAUGUCAAACACACUAACAGGCCAUCUUGAGGAGGGUUGCUGUGAUAGGACACAUAUUGUUUCAACUGCAUUGAUCCAUAUGCACUCAAAAUGUGGAAAUAUAAACUUAGCAUUGAGCGAAUUCACUACAAUGAGAUACAGGGAUGUGUAUACUUACAGUGCAAUGAUUGCAGCCUUUGCUGAGCAUGGGAAAUCACAAGAUGCUAUAGACCUUUUCUUAAAGAUGCAAAAGGAAGGAUUAAAGCCAAACCAAGUCACAUUCAUUGGUGUCCUCAAUGCAUGUGGCUCUUCUGGUUAUAUCGAAGAAGGUUGUAGGUUUUUUCAGAUUAUGACUGGGGUAUUUGGUAUUGAGCCCUUACCCGAGCACUAUACUUGCAUAGUUGAUCUCCUUGGGAAGGCUGGGCAACUAGAAAGAGCAUAUGAUCUAAUAAAGCAGAAUGCAUCCAGUGCUGAUGCUACAACUUGGGGUUCUUUAUUGGCAACUUGCAGGCUUUAUGGUAAUGUGGAACUUGGUGAGAUUGCAGCCAGACAUCUCUUUGAGAUUGACCCUGAGGAUUCUGGAAAUUAUGUGCUUCUAGCUAACACUUACGCGUCAAAGGAUAAAUGGGAGCAUGCACAAGAGGUUAAGAAGUUGAUUAGUGAAAAGGGAAUGAAGAAAAAACCUUCAGGGUAUAGUUCAAUUCAGUGAGCGAUCAAGAAGCACUUAAUCAUGUAAUGAUGUUCUUCUGAUCACUUGUGUACUGGCCAACAUUGUUGAAGGUUUUCAGUAAUCGUGGUUUAUGAGUUCUAAAAUGUCUUGAGGAGAUUCCAGACUCCAGAGACAGAGAGCCUCUGGGAAGGAGAGUGCUUUGUUUUCGACAGAAGAGUCUCUGUGGAGAGCAUGGUUUGGUGCCAGGAAAUUUCAAGCUCUGCUAUGGUUGUAAGCCCCGGAAUUUGAAUAUGGAGUCUCUUGUCCUCACUGUUUAUCACUGAAAUCAGAUGAAGAGAAGGAGAGAGCUUGAGCACUACAAAGACAACUUGAGAGAUGGGGAAUGGGGAAUCUCGCUGGUCAACUCGCCAGAAAGUACUAAUAGGGAACCAAACCAUUCUAUUUAACACAUGUUUGAUUCACGUUUUUAACACGUUUCAUAGAACAUAUCAUUCUAUUUAAAACAUGUUUGGUUCAAAUCAGAGAACAUGUUUCAUGGAACAUGUUUCAUAUUGAUUGUUUCAUCGAGGGAGAGGCUAACUCGAUUGAGGCUAGCUCAAUUGAUUGAAAAUGAAUAUGAAUUGCUGUAAUUUCUUGUAAUUAUUUCCGAUUUCUAUGGAUAAAAAAAACUAAUGUUUGACCUCCUCUUCUACCCCCUCUUA